AGGUUGAGCUCCUCAUGCGGUGGAGAUCAGUAAACUGGGGUAUGUUGCGACUAGUAUAUAGUCUCCCCAGGAUUUACGACGUAUAAGUUAGAGAUCAAUUUGUUUGUAUCCUCGCAACAUACAUAUAUCUUCUAUGAUUAAAGCUCUGAGAUGGCUAAGGGUCGGCUCAAUCAGCCAUACUUUGGCUUAAAGGGAGGAUGGCUGACAUUCUGGGUCACGGUUGCAUGUGCAACGGAUAUGAUGUUGUUUGGUUACGAUCAGGGUGUCUUCGGCGGCGUCAUUGUAACCAAAGACUUCCUAGAUGUAUUACAUUUACAUAACAACGCAAGCCUGGUUGGAACCAUCACAGCUGUGUACGAUGUCGGAUGUCUAGUCGGGGCGAUAGCCGCAAUGUACUUCGGAGAAAGAUGGGGUCGGAAAAAGACCAUCUUAGUCGGCACGACAAUCAUGUCCAUCGGUGCCAUUCUCCAGACCGCAGCCUACAGCGUCCCUCAAAUGAUUGUUGGUCGCGUGGUUGCUGGCAUCGGUAACGGUAUCAACACGGCCACGGCCCCCGUGUGGCAGGGCGAGACUUCCCAAAUCAAGUGGAGAGGAAAGCUGGUGAUUAUUGAGAUGAUCCUCAACAUCGCCGGCUACUCCCUGUCGAACUGGAUGACCUUCGGCUUCUCCUUUGUCCCUGGACCGGCCUCCUGGCGGUUCCCUCUGGCUUUCCAGUUUGUCUUCAUUUUUGUUCUUUACGCCACCGUCCCAUGGCUGCCUGAGUCACCGCGUUGGCUGAUCGGCCAUGAUCACACGGAAAAUGCCCAGCAAAUCAUUGCCGACCUCGAAGACAAAGAUGUCAACGAUCCCUUUGUCAUCGCAGCCUAUACGGAAAUCAUCACUGCAGCUCAGUACGAGCGCGACCACGGCGUCUCCUGGGGAGACCUUCUGCGUGGCAAGACCGGCGAUCAGGGAGGCACCUGCAUGGUACGCCGACUUAUACUAGGAGCCGGCGCGCAAGCCAUGCAACAGCUUGCGGGUAUCAACGUGACUUCAUACUAUUUACCCACCGUCCUAAUGGAAUCCGUCAAGCUAUCCGAAACGCUAUCACGACUCCUCGCGGCCUGCAAUUCCGUCUCAUAUCUCAUCGCCGGCACGCUAGCCAUCCCCAAGAUCGACGGCUGGGGUCGACGCAAGCUCAUGAUCUGGUGUGCCUUAGGCCAGGGGGUCUGCUACUUGAUGAUCACCGUUUUGCUCCGGUUUAGCGAGAAGCCAGACUAUCCACACCAGACGCAGGUGGCAGCCGCAGCGGUUGCCUUCUUCUUCUGCUACUACCUGUUCUUCGGAUGCAGUUACCAGGGCAUUGGCUGGCUUCUCCCCGUGGAGCUGAACUCGCUGAGUAUGCGGACUAAGGGUGCUGCGUUGGGUACCGCGACGAACUGGGCGAUGAACUUCAUGGUCGUUGAAGUUACUCCGGUCGGUAUCCAAAAUCUUGGAUGGAAGUUCUACAUCAUCUGGACCGUGUUCAACUUUUCUUUCAUCCCUAUUGUCUACUUCUUCUACCCCGAGACCGCCAACCGUGCUCUCGAGGAUAUCGACAUUUUCUUCCGCGAGAACCACAGUAUCUUUGUCAAUGGUAAUCCUGAGGCCAUCAGCAUUCAGCGGCCACUGCGGUACAUUGAGAUGGAACAUGCGCUCACAAACCAGAGCGCGUCCAUUUCAAAGGCCAAGCAGGAGUUGAGCCAGAGCGAGGGACAAAUCGAGUACCAUGAGAAUGUCUAGGCGGGGUCCUAGGAAUAAGGGAUCGUAGUUGAGCUACUGUAUAUGUAUAUGUAUUUCUGGGUUUCUAGAUCAUGCCGCAAAACAAAGUUAAC